AAACAUGUCCCGUCUCUGCAUGCUUGUUUACUCAUUUGAGCAUCUUGUGUGUGUGACCAAGGUUGUGUGUGUGUGUGUGUGUGUGUGUGUGUGUGUGUGUUAGAGUUGCCAGGAUGUCUCUCCGAGCAGGUUGAUUUAUUCUAGGUUUGAAAGACUUUGAGCACCAUGUUGACCCACAUCAGGGCCCGCAGCAGGAGUCUGUUCCCCAGCUACAAGCCGGGCAGCGGGGCUCAGGCACUCCAAGACCCGCUGGACUAUCUGGAAUUUGUAAAGCCAUGGCGCUCCAUGCAGGAACUGGGCAGAGAUAUCUAUGAUCUGUAUGCUGAGUAUGGAACUGACGAGGAGGAGGAGGAUAAUCAGCUGCCGGUGUCUUCCUCCCGCAUCCUGCUCUCGCCAAGCAAACACUUCACUCUCAACAUCAACGUCGGAGGAACGGUAUAUCACUUGCCCUACAGGUUAGCAGCCAGGUAUCCAAAGACACGGAUCGGCCAGUUGGCCACGUACAAGGACCACAGCAGGAAAUUGGACCUGUGCGACGACUACACGGUGCAAAGCAACGAGUUCUUCUUCGACCGGGACCCUCAAAUCUUCCACAACAUCUUCAACUUCUACAGAACUGGAGUGUUGUACAUUAAAGACGAGCUGUGUCCCCGCAACUUCCUGGAGGAGAUAAACUACUGGGGCGUCAGAAUCAAAAACAGCCACCGCUGCUGCCGCAUCUCCUUCGAAGAGAAGCAGGACGAGCUGAACGAGCAACUGAAAAUCCAGAGACAGCUCAUAGCAGAGAUGGAGAAGGAGGAGAACGAGGUGUUAUUUGACGGCUUGAUAUUCGGCACGACCCGGAAGAGUAUCUGGAACAUCAUGGAAAGGCCGUUCUCCUCGAUCACCGCCAAGCUGAUGGGCAUCGCCUCCUCCCUUUUUGUGCUCGUCUCUCUGGUAACCAUGGCGCUCAACACCGUGGAGGAGAUGCAGUACAAGACGCCGUCGGGCCAGCUCAGCGGCAGAACCUACGGCGAGUACGUGGAGGAGUCAUGCAUCGCCUUCUUCACGCUGGAGUACCUGCUGCGCCUGGUGUCCACCCCCGACAUCAAGUGCUUUGCACGCAGCGUGCUGAACAUGGUGGACCUGGUGGCCAUCUUGCCGCACUACCUGCAGAUGGCCCUGGAGUGCUUUGAGGACCAAGAUAUACAACUGCACUCAGAGGACAUCCAGACCGUGGGACGGGUGGGAAAGGUGGGUCAGGUUCUCAGGAUCAUGCGUCUGAUGAGAAUCUUCAGGAUCUUAAAGCUGGCCCGACACUCGACAGGCCUCAGAGCCUUCGGCUUCACACUGAGGCAGUGCUACCAGCAGGUUGGCUGUUUGCUGCUCUUCAUCGGCAUGGGCAUCUUCAUGUUUUCCGCCAUGGUGUACACCGUGGAGCACGACGUUCCCAACACCAACUUCACCUCUAUGCCGCACGCAUGGUGGUGGGCUGCUGUGAGUAUUUCCACAGUGGGCUACGGCGACAUGCUCCCAGAGACCAACCUGGGCCGCAUCUUCGCCUUCGCCUGCAUCUCCUUCGGCGUCAUCCUCAACGGCAUGCCCAUCUCCAUCCUCUACAACAAGUUCUCCGACUAUUACACCAAACUCAAGUCCCACGAGUACGCCGCCGUCACCAAGGCCCGUGGGAAGGUGCACUUCGCCGAGAGGGCGGCGAAGAGGUUUCACGAGUGCUGCGAAGACACCGUUCAGCCGACGAACUCCCGCCUGCGCAGAACAAGGUUUUAGAUUUCCACAGUAACAUUUGUGUGGAAGGUAAGGAGUGACAGUCAGAUGUGACAUGAACCAAAGACCGACUACGGACGUGGUCAACAUGACGUCAGAUGUUGGUUUCUAAACUGUAGUGUUGUAUAACCUUGAGUUUGGCCUUUUUGCCACCUCCAUCUUGGAUUUGUUUUGGAAGCAGAAAUAUGAGAUUCUGGAACAAAGUGCAACCAAAUGCCGGACAAGACACUCUCCUGAAUUGAGAAGACACAGAGACGAAAACCUGAGCAACACAGUGUUAGCGACCUGUCAAUCAAAAUCCCAAAGCAUUCCCUGCUUUAUGGCCUAUUUCCUCUAAAUGGGACCAUCGAAAAAGAACAUGCUCUACUGAAGAAGACUUAAAACUAGCAAGUGAGAUCAUGAACUCACCAGGAGUUCACUGUGGUAAAUCUAGUAAGAAGUAGGGUCAUUUCCCCAUAGACUUUUAUACAAUCAGACUUAUGUUUGCAUCCAGUGGAGUUGCACCCGGUUGCUGCUUUAAAAUGAACCUGUGACAUUCUGUACGGGCCAUUUUACCAUAAAGACUCUGGCAGAAUUACACAGUUGGAUUCACAUUGAGUUUAACCAACAACAAGCUGAGAAAUCUCCAACUGUCUGGAUCUCAUUUAAGAAACCUUUGACAUCAAAAAGCUGCUCCAGGAAGGAAGUAUAUUUUCCAUGAGGGGAUAUUUAGUUAUUAGAUGCAUCCUUUCAUUCAUCCUCCAUACGUGCUUAUUCCUGUUAAGCGUAUUAUAUUGUAUUUUAGAUCCUAGGAUGCAUUUGGAAAAGGCUUGGGAAACACCGUCUGAAACACGGUUUGCAGUUCAAUGCAAGAAAUAUUUAAUGUAUUUAAUUCAAAUGUACUCAUUAUUAUACUAUUUUUACAUACUAUAAAUCUAUGCUGAAGCUGUCUAUCACAAUCAUGUACUCCCCCCCCACCCCCACCCUCACUCGGUCCAUUAGUCUCUAAUGCCCACAAGUAAUCCAGGAAUCAGGAGUGA